AUGCCGCACUCAAUCAGCUACAACGCCGGGAUCAGCGCGUGCGAGAAGGGCGAGCAGUGGCAGCGGGCUAUGUUACUGCUCAUAGAGAUGCGGGAGGCGAAGUUGCAGCCCGACGUCACCAGCUACAGUGCUGGAAUCAGCGCGUGCGAGAAGGGCAUUCAGUGGCAGAAGGCCCUGUCGCUGCUCAGCGAGAUGCGGGAGGUGAAAUUGGAGGCAGACAUUCUCAGCUACAGCGGUGUCAUCAGUGCGGGUGAGAAAGCCAGUGGUCUUGGCCUCGGUUGUCACUGGCCCCUCAUUGAACCCAGCAAGGUUGCACUCUUGAGAGGCCCAGUAUUUGCCUCGAGCGCAGCAUGA